CAGCCAAUGGGAACGCGCGGCCCUGGUUUACAGAUAGAACGGAGCUUGCUCUGCAGGAACAGCUUGCUCGCUGCCACAGGAGCCAGGAUGAGCGCCGCCGCCGCCGCCGCCGCCGCCGCCGGGGAGGCAGUCGUGUUCGUGGCUGCAGUCAGGACUCCCGUGGGAUCCUUCAAUGGGGCCUUGUCCACUUUGCAUGCCCAUGAGUUGGCUUCUGUAGUUAUUAAGGAAUCCUUGCAGAGGGCAAACAUUAAUCCCAGCGAAGUGUCCGAGGUUAUAUUUGGACAAGUCUUGGCUGCAGGUGCUGGUCAGAAUCCGGUUCGACAGGCAAGUGUCGCUGCAGGGAUUCCAUAUGAGGUUCCAGCCUGGACAUGCCAAAUGAUCUGUGGUUCAGGCCUAAAGGCAGUGUGCCUUGGGGCCCAAUCCAUUAUGAUAGGAGACUCCAGCAUUGUUGUGGCUGGAGGCAUGGAAAACAUGAGCAAGGCACCACAUCUCAUUCACAUGCGUGCCGGUGUAAAGAUGGGGGAAACCUCUUUGCAAGAUAGCAUAAUCCAUGAUGGUUUGACGGAUGCCUUUUAUCGUUACCAUAUGGGCAUAACUGCUGAAAAUGUGGCCAAACAGUGGAAUGUCAGUCGAGAGGAACAAGACCAACUGGCUGUGAAGUCACAGAACAGAGCUGAACAUGCGCAGAAGGCUGGCUAUUUCGAUAAAGAAAUGAUACCUAUUUCUGUGCCUUCCAGGAAAGGUCCUAUAGAGGUUAAAGCAGAUGAGCAUCCUCGCCAUGGUAGCAACUUGGAAGCAGUUAGAAAGCUGAAGCCAUCAUUUGUGACUGAUGGGACAGGAACUGUAACUGCAGGCAAUGCGUCAGGUAUAAAUGAUGGUGCUGCAACUGUAAUUCUUAUGAAGAAAGCAGAAGCUGUUAAACGAGGCUUGUCUCCCUUGGCACAGAUUGUCUCCUGGGCACAAGCUGGGGUAGAUCCUUCUGUAAUGGGGAUUGGACCUGUCCCAGCCAUUAAAAAAGCUCUUGAAAAAGCAGGUUGGACAGUGGACGACGUAGAUUUGUAUGAAAUCAAUGAAGCCUUUUCUUCCGUCAGUCUUGGAAUAAUAAAGGACCUGAAAUUGAACCCAGAGAAGGUUAAUAUCCAAGGUGGAGCUGUUGCCCUUGGCCAUCCUCUUGGAGCAUCAGGUUGUCGAAUCCUUGUUACACUUUUAUAUGCGCUUGAACGAACAGGUGGCAAACGGGGUGUUGCUGCAUUAUGUAUAGGAGGGGGAAUGGGUAUAGCUAUGUGUAUUGAAAGAUAGGGAGGGACUAUUUCUGUAUGAAUUUGUAGCAUUUAUUGCUUUUAGUAAUAAAAACGGAGGACAUUUAAAAAAUUUGGAUGUUAUAAGAAUUAUGGUCGUACUGAAUUUUGCCUGAAUUGCAACCUUUUUUUAAGAGCAAUGUGGACCUCGUCACAAUAAAAUGUCUUUUCAAUUUCUUUAA